AUGCUCACAUCUGGUCUCGUGACUCUCAUUUGUGAGGAUGGUCAGACCGGUAUCUGGAAAGGCUUUGGUACCACCUUUGUCGGUUGCUCAUCACAGGGCAUGUUCAAGUACGGUCUCUAUGAAUGGCUGGUGAGGAGCUUUCUAGCAAAUACAAGCCCACCAUCUGGCUCGCUGGUUCCGGCAGAGGUCUUUGCUGACAUCGCUCUUUGCCCUCUCGAGAUGACAAAAGUCAAAAUUCAAACUAGCCCUAGUGGCACGUUCUCCACUGCCUUUGGUGCUACCCUCGCAGAAACGAGCAAGACCAAGAUCCCUUACACCAUGGCCAAGUUCUUCUUUGAGAAGAUGGUCCAGCUCAAGAAGUCCUAUGCCAAUACCACUCAACUUGGAAUCACUUUCGCUUCUGGUUACCUUGCUGGUGCUGGCUGCGCUAUUAUCUUCCACCCACCUGACUCCAUCAUCUCCCUCAUGGGUAAGCCUGCAAACAAGGGCGAGAGCAUUGUCACGAUCGCAUCAGAAACUUGUUUUGCCGCACUUGCAACCAAGGGUCUCGGGACCCAAGUAUUGAUGAUCAGUACUCUUACCGUUGACAAACACAUUAAUCAAUCCUUUCAAUGGUGGAUCUACAACUCAUCCAGGGCGUCAAUGGGUCUCGUCACCACUGGUGACAAGUAA